UAUAAAAUUGUUGUUGAGACGGCGCGGCGAUAAGAUGGCGGCGGCGGCUGCCGUGGCGGGGGCGGGGCGCGGCGGCGGUGGCACGGAGCCCCGGCCGGAGCGGACCCGGGCCCGGGCCUGGGCCGGCGCGGAACGCAGCGAAGGCCGGAGGAUGGAAGCAGGGGAGGAGCCAGAGGAGGACGACUCUCCUGGCGGCCGUGAAGAUGGCUUCACCGCGGAGCACCUGGCUGCGGAGGCCAUGGCGGCCGACAUGGACCCCUGGCUGGUGUUUGAUGCCCGCACCACGCCUGCUGCCGAGCUUGAAGCCUGGCUGGCCAAAUACCCACCGUCCCAAGUUACCCGCUAUGGGGACCCUGGUUCACCCAAUCCCGAGCCCGUGGGCUGGAUUGCAGCCUACGGGCAGGGCUACACCCCCAACUCGGGCGACGUGCAAGGGCUGCAGGCAGCCUGGGAGGCCCUGCAGACCAGCGGCCGACCCGUCACGCCAGGAACCCUGCGCCAGCUUGCCAUCACCCACCGUGUGCUCUCUGGCAAGUGGCUGAUGCACCUGACACCUGGCUUCAAGCUGGACCAUGCCUGGGCCGGCAUCGCCCGGGCUGUGGUGGAGGGCCAGCUCCAGGUGGCCAAGGUGAGCCCCCGUGCCAAGGAGGGCGGGCGCCAGGUCAUCUGUGUCUACACGGACGACUUCACGGACCGCUUGGGUGUCUUGGCAGCGGAUGCAGCCAUCCGAGCGGCGGGCAUCAAGUGCCUGCUCACCUACAAGCCUGAUGUCUACACCUACCUGGGCAUCUACCGGGCCAACCGCUGGCACCUCUGCCCCACUCUCUAUGAGAGCCGUUUCCAGCUGGGAGGCGGUACCCGUGGCUCCCGUGUACUGGACCGGGCCAACAAUGUGGAACUGACCUAGUAACGGGGAAACCUCCCUCUGGUC